AUGAGAGGUCCCAAAAUUUUACUUCUGCUCUAUGCUGACGAUAGCAUCAUGUUCCUCAAAAACUCGCUUCAGGAGGCACAAAAGAUUAAUAAGCUCCUUAAAAUUUAUGAGACAUCGGGCCAAAACAUAAACUACGAUAAGUCAAGCAUUUAUUUCAGCAAGAAUAUUCAUCCUUUGCACAGACAAGACAUAAAACAUGUUUUUGGAGAGGAGGAGAAACAAGAACCAGGAUCCUACUUAGGUUUGCCUCUUGUGGUGAGAAAAGGAAAGAUUCAAAAUUUCAAUUUCAUCAUAGAUAAAAGGUCAGAAAGAAUUCAAGGGUGGACCAAAAACCUCAUCUCCUUCGGGGGCGGAGAAACCUUCCUUAAAUUAGUUGCUCAAGCUCUGCCCACGUAUGUGAUGUCUUGUUACCUUCUCCUGGAAGGUAUCAUUGAUAAUAUUACAAGACAAAUUAGAAGCUUCUGGUGGUCCGGGAAACAAGAGAAAAGAGGAUGGGCAAUGGUAUCCUGGGAUAAAGUUUUCAAAUCAAAAUAUUUCUCAAAAUCUGAUUUCAUCAAUGCUAAAAUCGGAGACACUGCCUCUUACGCGUGGGCAAGUAUUUUUAAAGCAAAAAAGACGCUAAAAGAUGGUUUCUUCUGGAGAAUUAGUGCAGAUGGCAAAACGAGAAUGUUCAUUGACAAAGUGGAGGGACUCAUCGCCCAUUGA